AUGUCGUCGGUUGAACAAUUAUUAGAACAACUGGAGGAUUGUGCUACUUUGAUUAAAAAGGCUUUAAUAAAUCACAAAAAAGCCCCAAAAGCUAGAUUAACAAAGGGAUAUUUGAAAGUGAGAUCUCAAGUUGUAGAUGAUUAUUGGUCAACGUUUAAGGAUCUUCAUGGAUCUCUUCUAAAGUUAGUACCGCAACAGGAAAGGAAAACAUUACCAUACUUCGUAAAUGAAGAAUAUGACUUGUGCGAAGAACAAUACAUUUUGUUGAAGACAGAAUUAACGGAUUUGUUGGAAUCGAGUUCAAGUACUUCGACGGCCGUAGCGGAUUGUAAAGGAGAAGUGCAAAUAUGUGGUAAACGACAUCAUUCCCUCCUUCAUGAACCUGGAAAGAAAAGCUUUACUCAAGAAGAAAAUCAAAACUCGACACAAUUAUCUUUGCAUACUAAUGUAGAAGAACAACAUGAAGAAGAUGAUAUUUUAGAAGAGGUCAAUAUUAGCGAUGCUACAAUAACUUCACACAUGGCUACACAACCAUCUACGGCGUUACUCGCAACUGCUAUUUUACCUGUCAAGGGGACGUCAGGACAAGUAUAUUAUUUACGUGCUCUGAUCGAUCAAGGCUCUCAGGCGACGUUUAUAAGUGAAAGAGCAGCUCAACACAUAAAGGCAAAAAGGUUGCCUGUCAAUGGAACAAUAUCAGGUGUUGGGUCCACAUUAACAAGAACAAAUCAUAUGAUUCAACUUGAACUUGGUUCAAGGUAUGAUGAUCAGCUUAAUCUGAAGGUCAAGAUAGAUGAAAUGAUGAAACUAUUGUGGGAACUAGAACCAACAACUAAACGUGAAUUAACACCUGAAGAACGACGCUGUGAAGAAAUUUAUUCAUCAACACAUUCGAGAACUAAAGAUGGAAGAUAUAUAGUGAAGUUGCCUUUGAAAAGAGACCCACCUAUGAUAAGUCAAGGGAGAACAAGAGAAAUAGCUUUAAAGAGACUAGAAUAUUUAGAGAAGCGCUUUGAAAAGAAUAAAGAGUUGAAGGAUGAUUAUGCUAAGGUGAUUCAAGAAUACCUCGAAUUGAAUCAUUUAGAAGAAGUUUCCGAGGACGAAAAAGAUAAUGCAGCUGUCUAUCUUCCACACCAUGCGGUCGUGAGAACAGACAAAGAUACUACUAAAACAAGAGUAGUUUUCGACGCGUCAUGUAAAGGUUUGAAUAAUGUGUCCCUUAACGACGACUUGAUGGUGGGACCGACAUUGCAAGAAGAUUUAAGGUACCUAAUUAUGCGUUGGAGAUUGAAACCAAUUUGUUUUGUUGCCGACAUAGAGAAAAUGUACAGAGCAGUUAUUGUUGAGCGUGGCCAUCAAGAUAAUCAAAGAAUACUGUGGCGCAAUAAUCCAAGUGAUGAGGUUCGAGACUAUAGACUGCUGCGAGUAACCUUUGGCACCGCAUCCGCACCAUUCUUGGCCAUUCGAACUUUGCAUCAGGUAGCUAACGAUGAAGGUAGAAAUUAUGAUAUCGAGUCACAAAUAAUUAAGGAAGAUUUUUUUGUAGAUGAUUUGAUUUCUGGACGAGACACGGUGGACGAAGCUGUAGAUUCUGCAAACAAAAUAACACAAAUAUUAAAUAAUGGUGGCUUUUUGAUCAAGAAGUGGUCAUCAAACAGUGAAUCGUUUUUACAACAAUUGAAACCACUUCAAAUUAAUUCUGAAACAAAUAUAGAUAUAAAAACUGAAGGAAUAAUUAAAACCUUGGGACUUACCUGGAAUCGGAUCCACGAUGAAUUAAGAUAUCAAUUAAAAUUUAAAACUACACCUGAAAAACUAACUAAAAGGAUAAUAUUAGCCGAAGCACAAAAACUAUUCGAUCCUCUUGGCUUUUUGGCUCCGACAAUAAUUCCUGCAAAAAUAAUUAUCCAAAAACUCUGGGUUCAAGGCGUUGCUUGGGACGAAGAGACAUCACCUGAAAUAAAAAAAGAAUGGUUAAUAUUAAGAAAAGGAUUAGAAAAGGUUAAUGAAGUGAAAAUAAAAAGAUGGUUACAUACAUUUAAGGAUUCGAUGAAUACUAUCACAGUUCAUGGAUUUUGUGACGCUUCUACGGUGGCCUACGCAGCAGCUGUGUAUUUGAGAGUAGUAAUGAAUGAUAGACAAAUACACACCGGGUUGAUAGCAGCAAAGGCAAGAGUCGCUCCAGUUAAACCAGUUUCUUUGCCAAGAUUGGAACUUUGUGGAGCUGUAAUUCUUUCUAGGCUACUUAAACAAGUUCAAGAAGCACUUAGAAUAUCUAACAAUCAAAUUUUUGCAUGGACAGACUCAAAGAUAGUUAUGGCAUGGUUAACAGGUGACCCAGCUCGUUGGAAUGUUUUUGUAAGCAAUCGAGUAGUUGAGAUAAUAGAUAAUAUAGGGAAUAAAAAAUGGCAUCACGCAACAUCGGAAAAUAAUCCUGCUGAUAUAGCAAGCAGAGGAGAAAACUUACCUGAUCUUAUUAAAAAUAAAUUAUGGUGGAAUGGGCCAAAUUGGCUUCAGACUGAUGAUAUUCCCUUUGCAAAGGGUAAUCCAGAUUCAACGGACUUAGAAAGAAAGAAUACUAUUAGGCUAAAUUUAAAAAUUGAGGACACAAUUAAAAAUACUCUUAAAUUCGAAAUAUUUGAUUCUUUACAGGAAAUGCUACGAGUAAUAGUGUAUGUUUUAAGAUUUUUGAAUUACAAAAAGGGACAAAUUACAACUGAUAAAAGCAUUAAGGUAAUAGAAAUGGAAGAUGCAUUAAAAAGAAUAAUAAAAAUAGAACAAAGAAAGGAUUUUGCAGAAGAAAUAGAAAGGUUGAAGAAUAAAAGAAAUUUAAGCAAAAACAGCAAACUCCUUUCUCUGAAUCCAAUAUUAGAUGAUGCUCACAUUCUCAGGGUGGGCGGUAGAAUAAGACACGCAAACAUACCUUUAGAUUCAAAACACCCGAUGAUUCUUGGUUCCGAAAGCGAUUUGGUCACGUUAAUCAUCGCAGAUGCGCACAAGAAAACAUUGCAUGGGGGUUUGGAACUCACGUUAAACUAUUUAAGAGCUCGUUUUUGGAUUCUGAGGGUGAAGUCAACAGUCAAAAAAUAUAUACAUAAAUGUAUAAUAUGCGCUAAACUUAAAGCGAGUAGUAGUUGUCAACUUAUGGGAGACUUACCUAAAGCACGAGUCACUCCAGCACGACCCUUCAUAAAUUCUGGUGUUGACUUUGCAGGUCCCUAUGAUAUAUUAAUGACUAGAGCACGAGGUGUAAAAACUACAAAGGCAUAUAUUUCUAUUUUUGUAUGUAUGUGCACAAAGGCCAUACAUAUAGAAUUAGUAGGCGAUCUGUCCUCUCAAUCGUUUAUAGGUGCUUUCAGACGAUUUGUAGCACGACGAGGCAGGUGCACAGAUAUUUGGAGUGAUCAGGGAAGAAAUUUUGUUGGAGCUAACAAGGAAUUAGUAGAAGCAUGGUCACAGGCUGGUCUCAAUUUUAAGGACAACAUAGCAGACAUUCUAGCACAAGAGGGUACACAGUGGCAUUUUAUUCCUGCCUACAGUCCUAAUUUUGGAGGUCUUUGGGAGGCGGGAGUGAAAUCAAUGAAAUACCAUCUCAAAAGAAUAUUAAAUACAAAUGUAACGUUCGAAGAGAUGACUACAAUUUUGUGUGAAAUUGAAGCUUGUUUAAAUUCACGUCCACUAUGUUCAAAGGCUAGUAAUGAUAUUGAUAAUGUAGAUGUGCUGACACCUGGGCAUUUCCUAAUUGGUGAAGCUCCAAUUACUAUCCCAACUCCAACCUUGUCUAAUUUACAGACAAAUUAUUUAUCACGAUGGCAGCACACGCAAAAACUAGUACAAACCUUCUGGCAUCGCUGGCAGUCGGAAUAUUUAACUCGACAGCAACAAAGACCAAAGUGGCAAACAAAACAAUCUGAAAUGGACAUAGGAGAUGUGGUUGUGAUAAAAGAAGAUAACUUACCACCCAGUAAAUGGGCUCUUGGUCGUAUUGUUGAGAAACAUCCUGGAGAAGAUGGUAUUUGUCGAGUGUAUAGCGUUAAAUAUCGCGGUAAAAUAAUAAAACGUUCCGUUACUAAGUUAUGCCAAUUAUCAAUUAAAUAA